AUGUUAUCUCAGAAAACCAAGAAGCUCAGCUGGGGCCCCAACUCCAUGGCCAAGGGCCUGAUGGCGCUGCAGAUGGUGGCCGGCCGGGAUGCCCAGAAGCCAGACUGGAGACUGCACCAAGCCCGGCGCUGCCCUAAGCCUGCUGUGGAGCCGCCUGCAGAAGAGCCGGGGAAGGGGGUACUCCUGCGCCCCGGCUGCCCGCAGUUCAGCACCAGGGCCACGUCCACGUCCCACUUUGAUCCAGCCGCCCUGGAGGGCCUUCCCCGGGACCUGUGCAUCAGCUCGGAGAUCCGCAGGGCUGAGGACCUACUCCUGGGCAGACGCGUCUCGGACAGGAGCCAGGACGGCUGCCUCCUCCCGGCCAGUAAGAGCCUGUACGAGCUGAGGGGCUCGCACAGGACGCAGGAGUCACAGACGUGCAGUCCCAUCCCCAGUGGCUCGGUGGUCGCCGAGAGCCCCCCGACAAAGAGGGUGCCCUGGUACCUCUCGGUCAUUCACGAGAAGCUCCGGCGCCUGGCCCCGCUGGAGACCCAGGUCCGGAAGAAGGACGAGGAGCUGCUGGCGCUGCAGGAGGAGAGGGAGGCCCUGAGGAAGCAGCUGAAGGGUCUCCUCCGGACCAAAGGUCGGCAGGGACCUGGCCUUACAGGGCGGCCCUCAGAAGCGGCGCUGAAGCUGGCGCAGCUGAGCCUCAUGAAGGUGUCAGAACGGGACCAGGAGCUGCAGCUGCGCACUGAGACACAGGGGGAGUCCCAGGCCUUGCAGGCGGCCAAGGAGCCAGCUCUGGACAGCAUCCAGAAAGAAGAGGGCUUGGAACGGAAGCCUGAGGGUGGGAGAGAGAGGGAGCUAGCCGGGGAGAGAGGGGCUACGCAGGAGGAAGAGGAGGAGCAGGAGGAGGAGGGGCAGGAGGAGGAGGAGCAGCGGGAGCUGACGGAGGAGGAGGAGGUCUUCAGGCCCCCUGGCUACCCCCUGAUGGAGGCCUUUGAGGAGGAGCUCAUGGCGCAGCUGGAGGAGUAUGAGCAGGCCAUCCUGGAGUUCCAGCACGAGCUGGAACUCUCCAGGAACAGAUACUCGCUGACCACAGGAGCCAUCACAAGCCUGGAGCGGCAGCUCAACUUCCAGGACUUGGAGAUGCGCAGGAUAAACACGGAGAACGAGGCCCUGCAGAAGGAGCUCCGAGAACGCAAGCAGCAGCUGCGGGCCAUGUCCGACAAGUUCUCCAGCCUCCGGGAAGACAAGAAGCACCAGGAGCUGACAGAUCUCACUGAGAAAGAUAACCUCCUGCUCCGUCAGCAAAUCUCAGAGCUGGACAGCGAGCUCAGCAGGCGGGGUCUUGUCAUCACCAAACUGGAGGCCAAGGUCAGUGAGCUGCAGGAACAGGUGGACCUGGACCACAAUCACCUACAGAGGCAGAAGCAGCUGUGGGAAGACCUGCGGGGACGGAAUGAGGUGAUCCGGCAGGCAGAGCAGCAGGCCCGCGUGGCCCUGGAAAGCACCCAGGCCAGGCUCGAGAGACUGCGGAAUAAGAUUCUGCAGGCCACCUUCAGUGUCACGGGGUUCAAGUCUUCCACCGAGAUCACGGACAGCGACAUCCUAGAAGCCCUGCAGAGGAUCAUCACGGAGCGGAGUGACUUCCACACCCAGCUGAAACAGAAGGGAGUCAAGGUGCCACCCCUGCAGCAGUCGGAGACCACCCUGCCCAUCAAGUCCAAGAAGACCCCAUCCAAGUAG